AUGGAUCCUGCUGGAACGACCAGCAUCGCUUUAGUUGAUGAGCGGUUGGAGCAAUAUGCUGCCCGUCAAGCCGCCGAAGCGCAGCAGUCCGAGCCUGGGACACCAACACAGCAGCCGACGUCUAGCAAGAGUGCCCAGCGUGUUUCAUCGAAAGCAUCUUUCCAGCGUUUGGUCCUUACAGACCCUGUUGCUUUCAAAUAUCUAGAGGAAGAUCCUUGUGCAGUCACUAUCAGCAGAAGAUUGAGCAUAUCUGGAUACCAAGUUUACAUUGUUGAGCAGUGGGUUUGCUCGAGGGCACACCCCACAUUUGUUAUCAACACAUACACCGGUGACAAAUCCCACACGGUCAUUGCCGGUGUGCUCAGUGUGCCGACGGAUGAAAAGAAAUGGAGUGAGCGGAUGAGAGUUUACUUCAAUGCAAUGGACCAGUUCCAUACCCGGAAGCAGGAGUCUAGCUUUGGAACUGUGAUGGUCACGAAUCUAAGCACAUUUCCAUCAAUGCUUACUACAAUUCCUGUUCAAGAUGGAGAUGUCGGACUUCACCUGGAUGAUUUCAUUGUUAAUGAGAACCUGAAGCGUCUAGGAUGCUCUGGCAGAGCUGGUCUUACUGUCAAACCACCCGCGGCAGAUACGCAAGCCAAGUUCCACCAGCUUUAUCAAACGUGCGACAAAAUUGAACUAAAUACCUCUGUCAAGGAGCUGAUACGUUUUUGUCAGCUGGCACUCGUAAUGUUUCUUAAACUAGCACCUGAAUACGCGGAUGGGCUUCUCUGCAAUCACACAGAACGAGCCAUCCACGAGUGGUGGGCCGAAACUGGUUCUUUCCUUUAUGGUAUCGAACCCCUUGAUGGAAUCCUUGGCCCUACCACAGUAGCCGCGAUUCUUGGAACUUUUAUGGGUGCAAGAAACCGCUUACAUGCAUACGGAGCACCGGUAUCCAAGGACCCAUUUGAUAUCCAUGGUUUUGAAAAAGGUAUAUACAGCUUUCAAAAAGCCCAGAGCCUCGAGAGGACACGGAGACUUGAUAGUGUCACCUUGGAAAAACUGCAUCGGGUUACGGCCAAAGCGGCUAGUGGGGAGGUGGGAGGUUUGCAGCGGGCGGUAAAGUCAACAGUAGCGGAACUUAGCGGUAAAGGAGGAGAAAUGGUCAUGGAGAUGGUGGGAGGAGGCAAGGACAAAGCUGGCAUUUCAGAGAUUGAAACAUACGAGAUCGAACGGUUCAUACAACUCAUUACUGGAGACCAUGCGAGAUGGUUAUGGCGUGGAAAGCCUAAGCCCCCAUACGAAGCACGAUACGACAUUGGAGAUGAAAGAAUCUUUACACCAGACAGAGGCGGCGGUUAUAUCUGGACCCGAAGAAAAAAAGACGAUUACCCUUCAAAUCGCCCCAGUAUUGAAGGAGAUCAGAGGAAGCAAACAGACUCUCUAACUGCUGUUGAUGACAAGGAUCAGCUAAGGGUUACGCUCAAGCGUUCAGUUACCAACAAGGUGUCUGAUGCUCGUGCUGGUCUCGGUAGGUUCAGGGAUGCCGUUGGACUACCAACUUUACGCCCACACCACCACAAACAUUCCAAGGAAAGCGUGGAUUUAGACGCAAACCUAUCCCCACAGCUCUUCAUGGGGGAGACUCCGACAAGCACGAAUUCUAAAGAUGGAGGAGGGCCUGAGGGUUCUGCUCAGAUGGAUAGUGUGGCGUUAUCAGAAGCUUGCCGACUUGAGCCCAUAAUAGACCAAAAAGGUUACAGCCCUUUGACUCCUCCAGAGCUUGGUCGUGCAAGGACAUAUGAAUCCCUUCUUGGCAAAGAAAUAUCUCCUCCUGACAAAGCCCUCGACCUCAGGGAGGCCGAAGGGGUACUAGGAGGAUCCGAAGUAACCGAACGAAAGCAAGACGGUGAAUACCAUGGCCUGAUCCCUGUUACUAGGAUCCGUCAACGCGCUCAAAGUGUGGGUUUACCAGAGCUGGAUCGUCUGGUCUCGAAAGAUAAAGCCUAUCCACGCCGUUUAUCCUCUAGCUACGCUGAAGAAUACCUACUCCGCUGGGAUGAGAUAGGAGAUAUCUACUCCGAGGCAAUUGACCCAACAGUGGGUCUUGCUGAUGCUAUCUUAUAUGAAGACAUGAUAUUUUCUGAUAAUCAGGAGAUUACCAAAAGGAUUCGUGAAGUGGGAAGUACCGAAGUAAAUUGGGUUGAUGAAAAAGUGACGGUGGCGGAGAAGAUUGAAAAAGCCGUCAAAGCCCGGGCAUUAGAAACUCAAGCAGAGUAUCAAAGAAAGCUGGUGGAGUUGAGGGAAAUGUAUGGAGCUUCCCGCGGGGCAAUGGCCGAAGAAGAAGACGCAUACAUGCAAGUAGCGAAGAAUGUUGAGAUGAUGAGUGAAAAGCUUGACUAUGAUGUUGAUACCCUUCGUUCAAGAAUUGAAGAUGCAGAGGCUGUCUUGCGUGAUUAUGAACAUGUCAUCUCUAAUCUUGAAAAAAGGACUGCAUCCGUCCUAGAUGGUCAAGAAGCUGAGAAGAUAUCUUGGAUGCAAUGGGUGCAUGAGCUCUGGAACCGCCAACGAAACGGAUUCCAAACCCAGACACUCAAAGACUAUAACAAGGACAAUUCUGCGAACUUCACUGGCGACAAUGCAAGGUAA